AUGUCUCACUUUUCAUUUUUUAUGCGUAUUUUCUUUCAUCUUUCUUGUUUCGUAUAUCUUUCUCAUGCUUUGAACAAUGGUUUCAGUGUUGAACUCAUUCAUCGUGACUCCUCAAAAUCACCCAUCUACCAUCCCAUAGAAACUAAAUUCCGAAGAACUUAUAAUGUUGUGAGUCGUUCAAUUAAUCGUGUUAAUCACUUCUCCAAACAAUUCUCACACAAUACAAAUCAACCUGUAUCAACUUUAAUCCCAGAUUCAAGUGAGUAUCUCAUUAGUUACUUGGUUGGUACGCCACCCUUUAAGGCGUAUGGUUUUAUGGAUACAGGUAGUAACUUAAUAUGGCUCCAAUGUCAGCCUUGUCAUACCUGUUUCAAUCAAACCUCUCCUAUAUUUAAUCCUUCAAAAUCUUCAAGUUACAAAAAUAUUAGCUGCUCUUCUAGUGCAUGUAAAGAUACACCUGAAGUAGAUACCUCUUGUAACCACGACGAAGAUGCUUGUGAAUAUUCGGUUACAUAUGGUGGUGAUGCAAAGUCACACGGAGAUCUUAGUACGGAGACUCUAACAUUAGAUUCCACCUCCGGCUCUAGUGUAUUGUUUCCUAAAACUGUGAUAGGAUGUGGACACGUCAACAUGUUGUCGGAUAACGAUCAAAGCUCUAGUAUAGUUGGCAUGGGAAGUGGACAAAUGUCGCUUGUAAAACAAUUAGGCUCUUCAAUUGGUAGUAAAUUCUCUUACUGCUUGAUUCCUUUUCAUAGUGAUUCUAGUCGGUCGAACUCCUCAAGCAAACUUAAAUUCGGAGAUGCUGCUGUUGUUUCGGGUGAAAUGAUUGUUUCAUCUCCUAUGGUCAAAGUCAUCGGUCGAGAAGACUAUUAUUUCCUAACAUUGGAAGCAUUUAGUGUGGGAAACAAUAGAAUAGAAUAUGGAGAAGAAACAAAUGUUUCUAAGCAGAACAUUUUAAUUGACUCGGGCACACCGCUUACUAUGUUGCCACCUCUUUUUCACUCUAAGUUGGAAUCAUAUGUGGCAAAGAUGUUAAACACACGUGCCGAGCCUCCUGAUCAUCGAUUAAGCCUUUGCUAUAAUACCACUGGAAAACAAUCAAAUUUUCCUGUCAUUACUGCACAUUUUAGUGGUGCAGAUGUUAAGCUAGAUUCUAAUAGCACAUUUUUUCCGAUUGAAGAGGGGAUUAUGUGCUUUUCAUUCCUACCGUCUCAAGGUCCUUCAAUAUUCGGGAACUUGGCACAACAUAACUUCGUAUUUUUCACAUUCGCUUCCUUUUCUCUUGUGAAUACUCUCAAGGCUUCUCUCUCUCAGCUUCAGAGUCUAAGUUUGUUCUUGCUUCUGUCACAAGUUUUCCGUUUACCAGCAGCAAUUUGCCAGUUACAACAUCUCACUGAAAUGGACUUGUUUUUCCUUGGACCACAAGAUGAAAAUGAUGACUACUUUUGGGUUUUGAACAUGUUUAUGAACUUAUGGCCGUCUUUAAAAUCUGUGUUUGAGGGUGAGUUGCCUCUUUUGAAUUAG